GCAACCCAUCCCAUUUAGGCUGAGGUGCAAGAGCCUGACGGAGGUAGUAGGAAGGACCCCGAGUACUCGAUCAGGAAAACACGAACUCCCAACAAGUUUAUCAACUCGACUUCCUCGCUCGCUCCCUGUCUCAAGUUAUCGAAGGAAAUAAAUAAUCAAAGCACUUUGAGACUUGCCUUUUCGAGAGAAGGUGUGUCUGACGUCCUAUUGUUAACCGAUAGAAGAAGAAGACUCUACAACAACAACAACAUUAUGAUGUCUCGCAUCGUCCUCAAUCUCGCCGUAGUCUUCGUGUGUCUUCUUGCUCUCUCAAUGCAGGUUCACGGAUCCUGCUCCCAGUACGGCCACUCCUGCUUCGGGGCCCACGGCAAGAGAAAUGGCGACCAAUACCCGGCUCUGGAGGCCGGGCCCCUCUACCCAGCAGCCAAUCAACUCUCUCCUCUGGAAGUGAAGGCCCAGGAAGAAGCCCUGUCAUUGGACGAGCCAGCCGUCUCCAGCCCCGAAAUCAUUGCCAACGUCCGCAACUGGCUCUCCAUCCUGGGUCGACGCCUCCGCCAGAGGACCUCCCAGUCUUCAGGAACCUCCUCCGCGCAGAACUACGCAGGAUACCUUCAGUAAUAGAAAGAGAAAAAACACAGAAAAAUAAUAAUAAUAUUAUAUAAUAUAUGUCUUCUGAAAUAUAUUUGUCUCUGGUUAAACUCCAAUCGGUGUUGUGGUCGAAAUUCUAUUUAGUGUAAGAUCGCCACUUUCAACCCAUGACUGUUUUUGUUGUCCUCAGUAUUGUCAACAGGGUGACGCCAGAGAAAGCCAAAUGAUUAUUGAUUAAUUAGUCAUCAACGGGGUGUGUAUGUUUUUAUCUUGAGUUUUUUUUUUUUUUUUUUUUUGAGUUGACAAUACACUGUGUAAUCUUCAAGCCUACUGACCCAAGUUGUAUGUAAUUACAAUUAUUUUUUCAAGCCUAUUGGCCCAAGAUUUAUGUAUUUACAAUUUAAUUAUUUUUUUAAGUUAUACAAUACAUUGUCUAAUCCUCCAAGCCUACUGACCCUUCAUAGGUUUAGAGCGCUGGUUACUUAUUAAUUUUCAAAUGUCUGAAUUUUUAUAUAUGUUAAUGUAGGUCCCUUUUUUUGUCUUUCUUCCAUUCAUCCUCGUGUGGUGCACUUAGUUAUUCCUUAAUUAUCUUAACUUUCCAUUUCCCCAACUCUCAAUCCAAGGUGACUUUUACCUUAUCAGGUAUUUUUUUUACUUCCUUGGCAAAUGUUAAUCUUAUUUAGAUAUAGAGUCGAUUUAUUUUUUUAGUUAUU